AUGCUCCUCAUCGCCACUCUGGAGAAAUCCUGGUGGGUUUGGGACGAUGAAAUUUCAGAUCUUUGGUACAACUGCUUCCAUGACAAUGCUACAAAAACAUGGCUGUGUGCCGCAACCAAUGAGAACGACUGGCUCCAGUCCGUGCAGGCUCUCAUGGUCCUCUCGGUCGUCUUCUCCUCCAUCUCCUUCCUUGUGUUUUUGGGACAGCUGUUUGCCAUGUCUCAAGGAGGUCUCUUCUACUUCACUGGAUUCUGUCAAGCCUUUGCAGGUUUGACAGAUUUUGCGGCCUGCCUCAUUUUCACGUUCCACAGAAAGGAGAUUUUAUCAAACUCCAAAGAUCCAAACUCCGGGCGUUUUGGAUACUGCUUCCUCCUAGCCUGGGACAAAAAGAGAAAUAUGGGAACAUGGACAAGACGUCGACAGCACUGCAAAAACAAAUUUAUAGCACGAUGA